AUGGUGCAGCCCACGCCACCAGGUUUUCACUGCUUUGAUGACACCGUGACUGGCGGGUAUUCACCAAGAAACUCAUCGCCAGGCGGCAGAGAGUCGCAACUACCAACUGCAAAUACGCAUGCGGAGAAGGGACAAACAGUAGAGUCAGCGGAGGCAGGAUCACAAGCGUCAAGAUCAUCACCAUGGUCAGCAGCAGCAAAGCCACAUAUACAAAUGGCAAAGCAUCCAGUAAAGGCAGAAAAAGACGAACUUAUGUCAGGAGCGAGGGAUACAACAACUUCACGGGCAGGAGUAGCGUCGGAGUCAGGAGAAACAGGAUCGGCAAAGAACCUAGUGAGUGAUACAGGCAUCCAUUCGUUGUCAUGUUUGCCUGGCACUUGCGAAAUCUUUCGGGCGCAUACUUCGCAUUUGCCUUUUAAUGGGGAACCCCCCUGGCUGCCUGUAGACCCAGACAAACGUGUGCAUCUGAGGCUGCUUUGGGGCUUUUACACUUCUUCUCUCCCUAUCAGCUACAGUGCAAUGCAGGAUGCUCUCAGUCAGGGAGAUUUAUCUGCACUGAGGGCGGAGGCAGCUCUACUGUCGAUCAUCUCGAGAGCGCUGGGGUUCACCUGUCUUUCACUCUCUGCUAAGAGAGUGGCAGAGAUCUGUGACAUGAGAGAUACCGGCAGCUUCAAUCCUGCGUGGGGACCUCGCCAUCCGGUGGGCGCGGAAGAAUGCUGCGAAAUUCACAGCCACCCUGCGCAACCGACGCAGCAGUUGCUGCAGCGGCAACAGCCGCAGCAACAGGAGCACUUGAAUGCACCGCAACGACGAGAAUUCAGCGCCAGCGGCAACACCAGCAGCAAUUCACUGCCUAGAGAACUGGAACCCUUUCAUGAGGGCUCUUCCUUCCGUUUUCAAAGAACUUUUGGCCUUAUUGGGGCUGUGCACGGCAAUGGAAAGGAAAGAAACGCAGGGGCACAAACAGAAGCUGAAACUGUAGUAGGGGAGCCAGCUCCCGAUAAACUACGAGCAACAGGGCCAGAAGGUACGAAGAUUUUCCUCCAUGGAAGCAACAAGCAAGGGCUUCCCAGUCGUGGCUCUGCUGCUUCACAGCUGCCGUGCCAGCGCCUUCAGGGCCGGCACAUGCAACAGAAGCACGCAGAACAUCAGCGGCACCAACAAAAGGAACGAAAGCUGUUGGAGAAGCACGACGCGGGGUAUCACAGACAAGCUCACAAGCAGCAACAAGGGCCCCUCACUGGAAAGCAAGAGCUUAGUGGACGGCAGCAACACCAGCAGAUUCGUUAUCCUCGUAAUCAAAAACCAUCUACACAGCAGAAGCAGCCGCAGCACCACCGUAAUAAUAUGCAUCUUGCUGGGAUGGGCAACUGUAAAGACAGCCUUUGUAAAGCUAUUGCUCUCUGUUUCCUGGAGGUUCAUGUGGCAAAGUCUAGACUGGAUCCCCUUUUCCAGGAAGACAUGCGAGUCAGCGAAGCUACUUCCUCUUAUGAUGAAGCAGCUCUGAGAUCACCUUCCAGUCCGACAGCACAAGAUAAUGACUUAAAAGUGCCAUGGAGUCUCCCGCGACAUCUUUUAACGGUAGAAUCAAGGCCACGAACAGUAUUAGCAGCAGCAGCAAGUCGAAUUGAUGCGAAGGCAGCGGUGAAUACACUGCCGCGUUCCCCAAUAACAGUAGUACAAACAGCGUCGAAGAUAGCUUUGAAGUUCGUUCGUGCUUGGAGUGGAGCCACUGCAUAUACUGCUGCUUCCUUUGCCACUUGCGGCACGGCUAUCACUACACCGAUGUGGCGGCCAUUUUCACCUUCUUCGAGCGUUCGGGGCUGGCUAGUUCGGACCCGCUUACUUCUUUUUUCUGAACUCAGUGGGGCAAGUGUCUCUCCACUUGUGGCAAAUUUUGAAGCAAAAACUGCUGCAGCAGCACAGGGAAGCUGCAAAGGCGCCCUCCAGAGAGCCAUCGUACUGCUGAAUCAACGGUAUGGGAGCCCCAAAAUAUCAUAUGGCCCCCUCAAGGGAAACUCCUGGCUCAGCAACUUUCUCCUCCAUGGUGAGCCGAAGCUGAUAAAGCAUGUGCUGCACGGAGUGCUGGGAAAAGCGAAGGGAGCAGCUAGGCGUAAAGGGGCUUCUUUGCUCAGCCUUGUAAAGAGACUGCUGGUGCCUGUCGGUGCAACGCUGCAGACAGUGCACAAACUUUUGGAAAUUGCUAUUCUUUGGAAGGCAUCAGGAUUUGGAGGAAUCCAGCUGCCUGGCUUCUCGGUUCUAUGGCCGGGCACAAGUCCUGAAUUUAACAGGAACUGCACUGACAACCGCUGCAGCCAAGUCGAUGAGUGGGGCGGGAAUUCAAGAACCUGCAACCUUAGCUCCUGGGUAAACAGUGAAGGGUUGAGGCAGAAGAAUGCAUCGUCAACAUGGCACUGGUCUUCCUUGGGAAAUAUCCCAGAUAUGUGCUCAUAUCACAACCUCGUAAACUCUCAUUUGUCUGAUUUGUCGCUGCCCUUCGCACAAUUGAAGCAGCAACAACAGCAGCAUGUUGCUGACCUGCAACUACCGCAUCAAAAGAUGCAAGUAGGGCAGUUUUGUGGCUUUGUCGGCGGGCUCACUCCGAGCUCGUCCACUGUUGUGUCCUUCCAUACACCUGUUGCAUCCCCAGAAGUCUUGACGGACUCGAGGACAAGCAGAAGCGUAGAGGAGAAAGAUGGCAGUUAUACAGCGGUCACGAGUGGCCUACGGAGAAACAUUCCGUUCGGAAGGAAUUCACAAACUAGCGCAGCAAAGAAAGUAGCAGUGGCUGGCGCUGCUGCUGCUGCUGCCACCGCUUCAUGGGGCGCCGCUGCUUCAUCGCCCCGACUGAUGACUUGCUGCCAGCCUCAGCGUCACGUCUCAUUUCAGAAGAGUUAG